AGUAGCCGGGGGGAGUAGCCGCGCUCGCAGCGUUCAUUCUUGCUCAACACCACAGCAUUCUGCACAUUGGCGUUACUAAGAGAGCGCAGCCUCUCAUUGCAGGGAGGGACAAUGACCAGAGUGGCAGCGGCAGAUCGAAGAGGACUCAUCAGAGAACUGGUUUCACUUCACUCUGCUUCUAUUUCUGCAUGUGAACCUACGGAAACAUGAGGAGGAGAUCUGAAACUUUCUAAGUCGUCUUUUGGUUUAGGAUUCUUUUUGUACUGACUCAACUCAAAGGAAAGUCAAAUGUGGAUUUGUUGAUAUACAAGUUGGUAGGGUUGAGAAUCACAACGCCAUGAUGACCUCCACUUUCACGACCCCUAACACCUCAAAAGCGUGUAACCCCAGCGAAGAGGUGGACGACAAAAUGCUCCAGACCCCGCUGGCCGUGCUCUACUCCAUCAUCUUCAUCCUGGGUCUCACCGGGAAUCUGGUGGCUCUCUGGGUUUUCUUCUUCGUUCACGCCAAGAAGAACUCCCUACGGAUCUUCCUCAUGAACCUGGCAUUCGCGGACCUGCUGCUGGUCAUCUGUUUGCCGUUCAGGAUCCAGUACCACCUCCAGCAGAACGAGUGGGAGCUAGGGCACACAAUGUGCAAGCUAGUGGGCUACCUCUUCUACAUGAACAUGUAUGUCAGCAUCACCCUGCUGGGGCUGAUCAGCAUCGACCGCUACCUGAAGAUCUACGGCAGCGAGCGUACUCGGCAUAAUCUGAGCUCCCCGAGGUGGAGCAUCGUCGUCUGCACCAUCAUUUGGGCAGUGGCCCUGGUUUUCAUGAUCCCAUUCAUCCUUGAAAGCAAUGACAAAUGUGUCAAUGCGAAAAGGUGUUUCCACUACAAGACAAUUCCGCAGGAAGACAUGCUGAAAGUACACAUCAACAUCUUUGUGCUGGUCGUCUUCUGGUUGGUCUUCAUCUCUCUGGUGUUGUCCUACGGAAAGAUCGCCCUGAAACUCCUGCGGAGGUCGCAGCAGAGACCGGUCCUGCCCACAGCCCCCCACUACAGUCGAGUCGCUCGCAAGUCCUUCUUUGUCCUGUUUCUGUUCGUCGUCUGCUUCGUCCCCUAUCACGUCUUCCGGGUCUUUUACAUAAAAACCCAGAUCACCAAGGAGACCUUGGAGAUGCGCAACUUGGCCGACAAGUUCAACGAGAUUUCGCUGGUGUUUUCCGCUCUCAACAGCUGCCUGGACCCCGUCAUGUUCUUCCUGCUGUCCGCCUCGGUGAGGAAGGAGGUGCGGCGCUUCAUGUCGAGUGUGUUUUGCACCCGAGACAUCAGCGGAACCAGCGGGGCUAACUCUAGCACCGAACUGGACAACAGGAGCGACAAGAGACAGUCGAAUGCCCUCGACAAUAUGAACGAGAAAAAAGAUGUUUUAUAAAGCUGAGCUGGAGAAUAAGCAGAACCAGAGACUUAAAAACUGGGACUCCCAGUUUUUGUCUUCAACUUUGAAAAAUUCAAUGUGGGGACUGAUGGAUAAGGCAACAAAGUUUCUCCUCUGUGUAUCAGGAGCCUGGCGGGUCAUCAGACUUUACUUGUCCCCCCAGCAGGCUAAGCGUCAUUUAUUUAUUUUAAAUAGGGUUUGCUAUAUGCCAAUAAUAGUGAAAGUAAAGACAGAUAAAGUUCUAUAGUUGACGCAUUGAACUGGGUGACCACCUGCACCUGCCUGUUGGCCUCACAUACUAUUACUUCCAACUUAUGAUGCCUGCUUGUGCACCUCCAAAUUUUUACAACUUGACAAGUUUUUAAACACAAAAAGCAUGUUGGGUUGCUGGAGGACUGCCCUGGUGCCCCUACCACCGGGUUUAGAAGGUUUUCUGGGGGAAACUCUGCAUGUAGCCAAAAAUAUUAGCUCUAUUUAUGCAUUUAUUGCUAGUAUAACUAUUUAUAUACAUAUAUAGGGAAGGAGCAUGAUGUAAUGUGUCUUGCAAAACUAUUUAAACCCCUUGACUUUCACACUUCAUCACAUUACAAAUGCAAAAUUAAAUGUAUUGUAUUUGGAUUUUUGUGUUUCAGACAUAUGGAUGCGUUUAACAGCCAGAGGAACAAAUUCAGGUGCAGAAUCUCACUAAAAUAAAAAGUUUCUUGUUAAUAUAUAACAAGAUUUACAAGUCAUUAAAACUAAAAUAGGCUCUCUUUUAAACAAGAAAGUUUGUACCAGUCAAGUUUGUACAGCUAGAUAUUUAGGAGAAACAAGAGUGAGAAGAUUGAGUCAGAGGGAGAUCCCAAGUCAUAAUCUGUCAGAGAAACAUAUUUUUAUACCUUACUGUAGCAAAACUUUGUCGUUACAACAAGAUACUUCUGAAUUGAUGGCAGGUGAACACUUCCAUACAGACCAACACAAAGCAGUGCAUAAAUGUGCAGCAAAAUGAAAAGGAGUCAUGGUUUUCCAUUCAUCCAUAAUCUAUACCCGUCAAGGCAGGGCAAGUGUUUACUUCUUCUUCAAUAAAAAUCUGAAAAUGUAGUGUACAUUUAUACUCAACCCUCUUGACUCUGAUUCCCCUAAAUCCACUGCAACCACACUAUAAAUCGUAGCAGCCUCUUUUACUAAAAUCCACUAAAAUCCAAAGAGCGACUUUUAGAUUUUGAACUCUACAUUACAUUUUACUAAGUACAAGUUAUAGCCAUCUAUUAAGUUUACCAUUUAAGAAAUUUGUCAGAUUUGUAGGUGUUGAUUCAACUUGAAGCACAAGUUGGGGAAGGAAAGAGAAAAAAAAGGCGAGAAAAUAAAACUUGGAAGUUAUUCAUCAUGCUGCCCAUUCUAAAUUUGUCUGAUUCGACUGAACUUGGAUUUGCAAGUCAUCAAUUUGAAAAAAGGAGAGGAGGAAAUAAAAAGCAGACGAGGCAUUUGCU